AUGACGCCCGAUGCCGUUCGUCCCCGGGACAAUUCCAUCGAACUCACGGCAGAUCUAGAUCUUCUCGCCGGGCUAUGGCAAGAAGCGCCAUUUGCACGUCUGCCUCCCGACGCGCCCCCUGACCUCAUGGCCUAUGUUCAGAACGUUGAGAAUCCAGCGCGAGUCUAUGCGAUCCAUCAAGCGAGUCGCCGCCAUGGUUUCCAGCUUCUUGUGGAGAGAUACAUCUUGCAACUUCGAUCAGGUUGUGAAAAUGUCAAUUGCGCCACUCCCACUUGCUUCACAUGUAGGCGCCGCUUGGUAGGCCGGGCGCCCAUCCGAAGGUAUAACACGACAAGUGCCAGGACAUUGGCGAUAUAUUUAGCAAGUCAGGACGAUCCGGAGAAAGGAUUAUGUCCGUUCCUCCGUAAAUCUCGCGAGCCGCCGGCGGCUUUUGGCAACUUAAUAUUCUCUACGCGGUCAUCCUCGUCUUCGCAUCCGGACCAUAACAGAGCCAGCGCCGCCACCUUGCCAAGUGCACACAAGGAACGGAUCUCUAGACCACAAGCACUCUCGUUAUCAUCCCAAGAUGUCAUUGCUUGCCCAACGGACGACCCAAGCGACCCGAUCUCCCCGAUCCGGCACGCAAGUAAGCCAGCCGCAGCAUGCACCCCACAUUUGAGAGAUCGCGACUUGGUCUCUCAGAUCCGUGUAAUCGAGGCGCCCAUGAGCAAGGAUCACCGUUCAUUCGCCGCGAAUCUCUUUGGGACUGUAACUUUCAAGAUGCUCGAAUGGUUGACACCACGAAGUGUCGCUGCAAUGGCGACAAAAAUCAGUAAUCUCGAUUCAGCGGUGGAUUUUGACCCUCCCCAAGGUCCAGCAAGCUCAGUCAGAACCACCGCAGGCUCGGAUACUCAAAGUACUGCUCCUGAAGAGUCAGAUACAACAGCUUCGACGACUGUAGCUGUACAACCUCAUGCGACUGACAUGAAUGAGACUUCAUUCAUACCAAAACCGCCAAAACCCAGUAACGGGUCACUAUCAAAGUCGCGAAAGAAUUCUGCGUCAAAGCACAGGCGACGAUCUACUGACUCGAACAAUACCACCAAGUCCGGGGACAAAGUAAAGUCAACUAAAGCGUCCCAGGUAAACAGCACCUUGCACGAGAAAUCUGUGCGACCUAGACACAAUAAGAGUUUGUCUGGACGGGGCAUCCCAGAAGUGUCUUUAAAACCAGGGUUUUUCGAAAAUGUUACAAAACCUUCGGCGCAGUCCCUUUCGCCCGCAAGUCCAUCAACUUUGGCACAUGUCGAGCCAUUUGGUGAGUCCAGGCCGAAAAACGAUGCAAAUUGUGGCCAUCUCAGAAUUAAUAAUUCUCAACGGACGAAAAACCUUGACACAGCACUACCGGACAUCUCAUCCUACAGUCUGGACAACGUCCUGCCUCAAGCUCUCUCACAGCUCGAUGUCAAUCUCGUUGACUUCAUUUGUGACAUUUACGAAGAAGACGGAACAGCACAGUCAGUUAUAGUCUCCGCCUCCGACGCAACUCAUCCAUACCCACGACCCGUGAACCAGCGAAAGCCUCUACGGCGUCAAUCUAUGUCGCGCACAACUAGGUCUAGAAAACAGUGGCAACGUUUUAAUGACCAGACGCUUUUCAACGUUCUCAUGGAUCCGCAACUCAUCGUUCAAUCGUUUACUCACGACAGAAAACUCUACGAUUCUCAGACACUCUGGUACUGUUUCCAUCGAUUAAGCCGCAUCGCAUGUAAUCUUGUAUUUCACAGUCUCUGGCUAGCUGCCGGGCGCUUGUUUGUUCCUCCGCAAGAUUCGAGGCCACACAAUUCCAUCAAGGACAAUGACUCAAGAUUACAGAAGCACAAGGGGUCUCUAUCCGAUGUUGACGCCGGUUAUUUGAUGUCGAUCUGCAUGCAUGCGUUGGUAGCCGCAGCUCCAGCUGUUCAGGAUUCGAGAACACUGUAUGAGAUGUCCCGCGUCCGCUCAAAUGGAUUGACCCUCGCCGGCCGGAGCGCCAUGGCCCGGCAAUCGUCGUCUCGAUGUUUAGAUUAUGAUGAUGCAUUCUCAAACGACUUGGCUAUCAGACUUGCCCGUAGGCUAUUUUGCGCCAUCACAGCCAGGCGGCACUUUUCUAACAAGAUGGACAACGCUGGCCCCUUGAAUGAGAACGAAAACAACAAGGUUGAUAUUUUGCAACCUUUAGUUGACCAGCUCGAUUUUCUCAGUACAGGCUCAGCGGCGAUUUUGGAAUUCCCACAAUCAGAGCGGCUCUUGCAUGAGACUCGAGUGCCAACUGUUCUUCUAGAUUGGGCACGUACCAUAUUACUCAACGAAUGGGACGGUCGAGCCGAUUUUACCAUGGACGGGCCAUUUGGGGGAGCUUUAUCGUUCAUCGAGACCCUACAUGCCAACCGAAAUCUUCUCCUUCUUGGGGAUAUCCAAUUUCGAGUCGAUUAUCUUUCGGAGCGUCUAGAUUCGAUCGAGAUGCCUGUGGACUGGUUAGCGUUCAAUUCGACACGCUGGCGACGACACAUCCUGGACUAUCCUUACAUUUUCAGCCCCGACACGCUUGUUUCUUUCUUUCGGUCCAUCAAUUUUGCCCGGAUGAGUCGUAUGUUCGAAGAGUCGAGUUCGUUAAAAACUCGCAUGAGUGCUAUUGUCGAUCCCGGUAGUCUCAUUACUAACCCCCACCACAAGAUGGUGUUACAAGAUCUUUUGAGAACAGCUUCAUCGAAAUACCUAGUUCUUGAAAUCGGCAGGAGUAAUGUCGCCCGAGAUGCCUUCGACCAGCUUUGGAGACGAGAGAAACGAGAGCUCCUUCGCCCGCUGAAGGUGCACUUGGGGGAGAAUAGUGGCGAAGAGGGUUUUGAUUCUGGAGGUGUCCAGCAAGAGUUUUUCCGAUUGGCAAUUGCCGAGUGCCUCGAUCCCCAAUAUGGUGCUUUCACUGUUGACGAACGAACACGCAUGGCAUGGUUCACCCCUGGGUCAUUGACUGAAGAUUGGAAGUACGAACUAGUGGGGCUUUUGAUGUCGCUCGCCUUGUACAAUGGCCUGACGCUGCCCAUCACGUUUCCGAGGGCCCUUUAUCGGAAGCUUCUGGGCAAACCGGUUGAAGAGCUUCACCAUAUCGCCGAUGGUUGGCCAGAUUUGGCAAGCGGGCUAACAACAUUACUGGAGUGGGACGAAAAAGAUGGCCUCGUUGAGGACAUUUUUGCCCGCACGUACGAAUUUUCAGUUGAAUCUCUUGGUACCGUUGUGACACGAGAUAUGAGGAUGGACAAACAAGCAGACUGGCCCAAGGCAGCCUCAAGUUCCUGUGAUAUUGCACCACCACACAUGGAUAACCCAGAUGACGCUCCCCUUGUUACCAACGAAAAUCGGGACGACUACAUCAUCGAUUACAUCCGUCACCUCACGGAUGUUUCCAUUCGACGACAGUAUCUUGCUUUCGAGCAAGGGUUCAAUUCUUGCCUCGACAGAAAGUCACUCUCGCUCCUGAGCCCAUCCACCUUGCAGUCACUCGUUGAGGGUGUUCAAGAAAUUGACAUCAGCGAAUUGAAGCGGUACGCGCGCUACGUGGGCUGGGAUGCUUCGCAUCGUACCAUUAAAGACUUCUGGUCCAUCGUCAAGAGGUACGACGAGAGAAUGAAACAACGCCUUCUGGAAUUUGUGACAUCGUCUGACCGCGUUCCUGUCGGCGGCAUGAAGAAUCUGCAAUUUGUGAUACAAAAAAAUGGUGAAGAAGAUGGCGCGGGUGGACACUUACCGACAGCAUAUACCUGUUAUGGCACACUUCUUCUACCGGAGUAUAAAGAUAAAGAGGUGUUAAGAGAGCGGCUUGGGAUGGCACUUGAGAAUGCUCAAGGAUUUGGCUUUGCUUAA